AUGGCGCCUGCAGGGAGAGAAGGACAGCCUGAAGCAUUAGUCGGCAAAGACACGGGCGCCCCAAAGCCCCGCAAUCCGCGGCAAGAACCGCCUAAUAUACAAACCUGGACCUGCGGCCGCCGCUCCGGGUCCGCAGCCUCACUGGGGAGCGGCUUCCGGUGCUGCCUGCGUCAUCUCCGCGCGUCCCACCGCCCCGCGGCCCCCGGCGGAAGCGGCUGCGCUUCCGGCGUCCACCCGGAGGUGCAGGUGGGAAGGAAACGGGGAGAAGUGCUUGUAAACCUCACUCAGUUUUGUCUUGCACUACCUCAGCGGCAGUUUUUCUUAUUCACACUUCUGAGAAAAGAGGUAGCUAUGGCUAGAGAGGUUGAGAUAGGGCCAAAUUCAAACAAUCCCCUGAACACCUAUUAUAUCCCAAACAUUGUUCUAGGAGGUGGUUUAGUAAACAAAACAAAAUUUCCCGACUACCUGGGGUCUACACCUCUGGAAAGGAGGAAGACAGAUAAGAUAUACGACAAGUCCUGUAACAUUAUCAGCACUCACUCCUACACAGUAAUCAGGUAUUCUGGGACAAAAGCUCAGGUUGAUUGGCAAGAAACCUUAUCCUUGAUGUUUGAGAUGCAAAACACUGUACUGCUGAUGCUAUUAGACGGGAGUGAUCCUGAGAUACGUUUGGGCAUAACUUGGCAUCUGGAUUCAGUAACUUCCAAAGCCCAGAAAUUGCUCACAGACAAUAUGCAGGUGACAUUCUGCAGACUUCGGACUCACCAGUGGUGUUUCAUUCUGUUUAAUGUCAUACUAUUUCAUGCCUUGCUUUUUGGGGGUGAAUUUGUGGAAGAAUACUUUUUGCAUUCUCUGCCUCCUGUAGCUAUGAAAGUUCUUGAAGUUAAGGAAAGGGCAAGAAAAUUGAACAUGGAACCAGUACAAAGUAAUCCCUCUGAAUAUUAUGUCCUCAGCCAAUCGGAGGUGUGCAAAGAGAAACAUAUUUUUUUGCUCUCUCUUAUCUUCAGUAGCCCAGAAAAUGGAAGAAGACGGGACCUCAUUAGGAAAACCUGGGGCAAUGUAACUAGUGUCCAAGGGCAUGUCAUUCUUACACUGUUUGCUUUGGGAAUGCCUGCCUUGGUAGCUACUCAGAAAGAGAUAGACAAAGAAUCCCAUGAGAAUAAUGACAUAAUUGAAGGCAUCUUUUUGGAUGGUUCUGAGAACCAGACCGUAAAGAUCAUUGCCAUGACUCAGUGGGCUGUGACUUUUUGCCCUAAUGCCCUAUUCAUUCUCAAGGUUGAUGAAGAGAUGUUUGUCAAUCUACCAACCUUGGUAGACUAUCUUCUUAAUCUGAAAGGACACCUUGAAGAUAUUUAUGUAGGAAGAGUUAUCCAUCAAGAUACACCCAGCAGAGACCUUCACAGCCAAGAAUUUGUCUCCCUUUCUGAGUACCCAGAAACAUACUACCCAGAUUAUUGCAGUGGUGAGGCUUUUAUAAUGUCCCAAGAUGUGGCCCGGAUGAUGUAUGUGGUUUUUCAAGAAGUACCCAUUAUGGUACCUGCUGACGUGUUUGUAGGAAUUUGUGCAAAGACCAUUGGCCUUAAACCUAUCCACAGUUCAAGGUUUUCUGGGAAAAGGCAUAUUAGAUACAACAGAUGUUGCUAUAAAUUCAUUUUUACAUCCUCAGAAAUUAUCGAUGCUGAAAUGCUCUUGGCAUGGAAGGAAAUUAAUGAUGGGAAAAAAUGUUCACUGUUUGAGACUUACUAUGGGCUCAUUUCCUGCAAACUUCUGACGUACCUUGACAGCUUUCAACGUUUUCACAUGGGGACCAUAAAAAACAAUGCUGUGUAUUUUGGUUAUUAA